GGCACCGCGGAGAACGGAGCGGAUAUGAAGGACGGGUGAACGACGGGGAGUGUUCUCUACAGUGACGUCAUAAAAUCCUUGUCAGGUGCGAAUUCAUGCACACGCCCAGUACAUACUAGAGGUAACGAUAUGAACAUACCAGGGUUCAUAGGCAUGCCUACACGCUGCGAGAGAAAGAAGACAGGUAGGGGGGAGAGAUAAAGGUAGAAAAAAGCGAGUGAGAGCCAAAGCAUGAAGGAAAAAAAAGCAGUAAAAAGAAAUGAAUAAGAAAACGUUUUUAAAACAAAAUGAGUGUUGAGGGGCAAGGGUUGGGGUUGAGGAGGCAACAUAAGCGCAAGCAGCGCGUGCUCGCUAGCAAGCAAGGGCAUUAAUUCGAACGCAAAAAUUGUCACUGCGGAUUUACGUCCCCUGAAGGCGCUGCCAUGAUCCUCUGCUACAGGUGUCCUGACUCUGAUCCUGCUUUCAUGAUGUAAAGAUGAUCCUUCUUUUAUACCCCUUUCCACAUCUCUAUCUUUCUUUUUUCUUCUUUCCCUUUUCACUCCGAAUUCAACGUCUGUGAGGGUAAGUAAGAGACAGAGAGAGAGAGUGUCGCUGGGUGCGUGCGUAGGUCUAUGGCUGUUCCUGCCUGUGCGCGUACUGACCAAUCGGAGAACCUUUGUGUGGCCUCUCCCCUCGCACAGCCCCUCUUACUACCGCUAAACACCCUACGACGUGCAAAGUGGGAGUGGGGGGAUAGCGGGAGAACCCAGGUAGCUGGCUGCAGCUAGGUGGAGGGGAGCUAAAGGGUGCGUUCAGCGUAUAAAGGGUCCGAGCAGCCGACAUUUCGUUAGAUGCCGGUUCGGCUGACGGAUGCAAAGUGUGGGAAAUAGCUGCCAUCAGAAAGAUCAUUUUAAAGCUUUAUUCAUUCAAGUAUUCCAAAAAGUAAUCUUUUAGGAUUAAAAAACAAACUCAGAAAGCCAAAAGGGCAGUGCUUAUACUGGCCCGUAGUCGUUCGAUUCUGACCGAAAAGGAACGGGCAAGCGUGUGAAGCAGACGACAUCCUGUGACGCAAGCGACUGCGAGGCUAGCCGAGACUACCUGGUGCCGAGCGCUGGACUCGCGGCACGUUCACCACCUCCAUCACCUCUUCACUGAUUUCGUGUCCACGGACUUUGAGUCUGAGUCAUCAGUCCGAAAGCGUUUUUUUUUUUCUAACCCCCUUUUCUUUCUUCGUGAAUUAUCUCUAACGACCUCAUCACUGAAGUAUAGCCUUAUCAUCUUUUGUGAAAAGGGGAAGGGAACCUCUACAAAGUUUUCUUUUCACAACAGGGCAGAACACUUAGAGAUCGACAUUGACAAACGUUUUUGUCACUGUGACUUUUGUAGCGAUUUCUGCCCUCUCCCCACCCCAUGAACACUUGUCACACGUCGACUAGUGAGCCAAACAAAGGGCAGGUGAACCGGCAGUCAAGCAAAUAGUGCUGCUACUCUCCGCCGCAGAGACUCCCCUCCGUGUGCAUCUGGCAGACGACUACCGUCGCAAGGGACGCUACAAUGCUUAGACUGAUGCUGAUGAUGUUCCUCCCUGUGUCGCUACGAGCCAUGGUCCUCCUGCCGCCACCUGACAGAAAAGAUUUUGCUGCGGAAGCUCGGGUAAUGACAAAAGUACAAAACUUGGCCACAGGGCUUAAAGGCCAUGAAGGCCUUCACACGAGGGUAGCCGAUGCGUGGGACCUGUCCUCACUGGACAGCCUGCUGUCCUCGCAGCUCGUGCAGCUCAACCUUGACCCGUACAAUGACGUCAUGGAUGAUAUCGGGGUGUCUGCCUCUAUCGGCGAGGAUGCGGCUGUGCUGCUGUGUCUGAAAGCAACGCCUCUGACGACGGUGUCAAGCACAAAGGUCAUGUAGACAUUUCUGACAGUUUGGGAGGAGAGUCUGCAGAAAAUGACGAACUGUUCAGGUUGAUUCCUGGAAUACACGUCCAGACUAGAGACUUGGGCGGUGUGAAUGACGAACUGAACGACCUCUCCGCCACAUCCCCAGUGACCAGUGAGCUGCCGCAGAAAAUAAACAGCCAGAACAAAGCUCGUGGGGAGGACGCUGCGACUGAGACUAGCUCUUGGGCUGGUGUCAACCGCGAAAGGACAGAGAAACGAAAAUGAUGAGGACGAUGGUGACGUCACUAUAGAAGAGUUCGUUCGUCUCACGGAGGAGGCAGAAGACAGCUCUGAGAUACCAGAUCCCCUUCAUACGACUACGAUGACUGAGCCAACCCUGGAAGGUCAGGACACAGCUCUAUACCCUUCUGUCGACGACGAGGACCAAAACUGGAGGCUGGAGAGGUCAGCAACGAGCGUAGACCUUGACCCGCUCUCGCCGACGACCCGACUUCCAGGAAAGAGGCGGAAGCGGUCUGUGGCAGUCAGACGAGGGCUGCGGCAGCAGAGUGCUCCCCUCGCAUCCUCCAGUGCACGUGUGGGCAAGGUCGGCAAUCCCGCGGUGAAGGCCAACGUGGAAGUGCUGGCGGUGGUGGAUAACUCCAUCUACCGGAAGUUCCUGGCCAAGGACUCCAACAACCGCGAAGCUGCUUUGGCCAGAAUGAGGCGCUACUACGGAAUCGUCUUCGCUAUGGUGAACCAACGCUUUCAAACGAUCGACAGCCCUGACCUGUCCAUCACAGUGACGAUGUCCGGCCUGCUAAUUGCUGAGACCCGGGAGGACUCCCUCUGGCUGGAGCAGCUGGUGGACUGGAGCACGGUCAAGGAGCGCGGGCGAGCGUCAGUCAACACAGACAAGGCCCUCAACAGCUUCCGGGCCUGGACAAAGACACAGUUGUCUUUCCUGCCCAAGUUUGACCACGCCAUGGUUUUCUCAGGAUACCGGUUGACCAACAAAGAGGGACGAGUGACCUUGGGUGGUAAAGCCUACAUGGCAAGCAUCUGUGACAUUCAGAACGGAUUUUCUAUCUCCAUCGUCGCCGACGAAGGUGACUUUCAGUGCAUCAAGAUCGCAGCGCACGAGCUAGGUCAUAGCCUCGGGGCUUUACAUGACGGGGACCCCGGGGCCGAUGCCUGCAGCCCCCAGGGCAACUACAUCAUGGCGCCCUACUCUGGUAACUCGCCGGACAAACUCAGAAACGCGUUCCGGUUCUCGCCGUGCUCCAUCAGUUGGAUGUACACGACAUUGAGAUCCGAGAAAGCUGACUGUGUCCGAGACAAGGCCAACGUGUUCUACAGUUAUGACCUCGCCAAAGCUCCGCCUGGGCUUAUCAUCUCUCUUGACCAACACUGCCAGAUGGUCUACGGUCCCAAAGCCACCUUUUGUCGACAUGAUGCGAAAGUAAAAGAAGUGGUGUGCGGUCAGCUGUGGUGCCGACAUCCCGAUAUGUCCAACGCAUGUCGUACCAACUCCUACUUGAGUGCCUUACCCGGCACACGAUGCGGCGAUGGCAAGUCCUGUCAUCUUGGGGAAUGCCUUCCAGAUGCAAUAAUUCGACAAGCAAACAACGAAAGACGCGACUUUUCCGGCAUGUCUACAGAGACCUUUGACUCCAUUCCCCGAACUUUGCACUCGUCUGCUCCUACUCAGCACCAGACCUCAGAAAGAGGACGAGGUAGUGUGGCUACAGAUCCGUUGCUAGGCAACGCCAACGUGAUCCCGUCCCUGCCGCAGCCCGUGAUUUCGGGGAGGGUGGGCAGGCCGAUACGGCCGGAGAUCAUUCAAGCGAGGCGGCGGCACACUCCUGUGCGCACAGAACGGCGGCGACCAGGGAAAUCACGACGCAAAGGACGAUGCAGAGGUGAGCAAGCAGACGCCAACAUGGUCUACUGUCGAGGUCUUGUCACCUUGAACCCCGGUGCUUGCAAGAGGCGUGACGUCAGAAAUUACUGCUGUCGCACGUGCUCCACGCUAACCGCUAGCGGCAUCUAGUGGCACAGCGAUGAGGCCACAACAAGCAACAACCAGUACCAAAGAGAUGAUUUUGAUGUCAAGGGCGUGUUUGGGAGCGGCAGAGGAGACACUUUAUAACAAUGGACACGAAAAACAGCCACGAGUUGCGUGUUUACCUGCUAAUUAUCUACGCAGCUGAUUUGCGUAGCAUAAACACUCCCUUUGUUCUGGGUGGCCACAUGGGCUGCUUUAAACAUGACGCAAACUUUUUAUUGUUUGUCUCGUGACUGCACCCUUGCAGAAAAAAAUGGAACUUUAAGAAAAACAGAGAACUCUUUUAGGGACUGGUCCCACAGCGGUAAGCUGGUGCCGACUCACAGACCUGCUGACAACCAUAUGCGCCAAAGAUCGCCAACAUCUGGUAGCGAACCGGGAGCCUUUAGCCAACGACCAGAGAGAGCGGGUUGAGAAGUUGUUAUCGGGUGCCACGUGGAACAAGAGCACUUUUACUGGUAAAAAAUGAUAACGGACAAGCGUAGUUUUUAGAUUUCAGAAAUUUCUAGCCUACAGGUUUAAGAAUGGCUGUGGCUACUGUAUUCAUAACAAGACUGAAGUAGCCCCAUCUUCAUUUCCCUCAUUCGCCUCUAACAACCUUCCCUUCUUUUCUUGGGUUAGAUUAUCUGCUGCAUGCUCGUGUGGUCGUGGGUGAGGGUGGAAGUGUCGUGUGUGUGCUUGUGUGCCAACCAGUGACUUCUUUUACUUUCGUCGAUUUCAAAAUGUACCCAUACUUGUCCCGUGGACAGUAAUCGUACAUCGCGAAGUGACAUAUAGUAGCCACGCGAAUGGGAUUGUCUCACUAUUGUGAUGAUUUGAAGUGUAUGGGCAUUUGUUGCUUCUUGAGUGAGCUUGUAAUAAUUCAGGUUCGAGCAACGUCCGGUGUUUUCCGCACAAUCACCAACACCACCUCACUCUGAGGGAAAUCGGUCUAGUGUGGUCUACAAAUGUCUGCAACCUCGAAUAAAGCUGCGGAGGGUUUGGUAGCGGCCUUUACUGUCGUCCUUCUCAUCAUUUUCUCUCUCUCCACACCCCACCACCAAUCCUGACCACCUGACCGAUAUUCCCUUCUCAUCUUGUCCCCUCUGGCUGCUGGCACCAUCGAGGCCAACUCUCCGUCUGUUGUCUCCUAAAGUCAGCAUGUAGUCACACGAUCACACAGUCAGUCCAUGAUCUCUUACCGCCACAAUCAACCUAUGGCGCGGGCUGUCACACACCACUACACAAUCACACACAACGAGGUGAAAAUUGUGACGUCAGGUUUGCUUAAAGAUUAUUUAAAUUAACACGUGAUCACAGUUCUCCCAUUGGCUGAGGCCUUCACAGCGUAAAUAUAUCGACGUACAAACCUGACGUCAGCAUUGUUGACCUUGUACCGUGAUUGGUGAUGUUUGUAUGUGUGUAUCUCAAAAACUGAAGGAAGAAAAUUCACCAGGUUUGGGGAAGAAGUAUUUUACACUAAGUAAGACACGACAUUUGCUUUGUGUUAAAUAAUCAGAAAAGCGAAUGCUGCGUUUUGAUGAAAAAACAGACUAUGAAGGAACUUCGAAAAGUUAAAGCACGAAGGUGGAAUGAAAUUUGAAAAACAGAAAUUUUAAGCAAUUGAUGAUACUUUUGUAACAGUAUUCUUGUAACUUUUAAGCAGCCUGGUUUCUGGCUUUGAUGUUUUAAAUGAUGUGUGUUCGGUUGAUUUGUGACUUUUUAAUUUGGAUUAAUUGUAUAAAUGCCAUGAUGCGCGAGUACUCGGGAAUGCUUGUGCCCGCUUGCACUAGUUCCUGACAUUCGUUUUUAUAUCUCCGUUUUUCCCUCAUUCACUGCCAUGGAAGACUUAAUUACUGAAACUAUGUACUAGAGUUCUGUAAAAUAUGUGUUUGAUGGUAUUCUACACUAUUAUAUAUUGCAAACAUAUGUACAUCUUAGCAUUAUUUUGUACAGAUGAAUUUUUUGUGCAUAAUAAGGUGAAAAUAAUGUAUCUACGUUGAUAAGUUUGCUGGAAAUUAGGAACUGGCGUCACACAUUCCUUUUCUGUUCAUAUAAUUAAAUCUGUUGAUCGCGUGCAUGGGUGCCAUUGUGCUCAUGUGUGCCAGCUCUGUCUCCGUACCCAAACUGUCAUUUAACCCCUUUGUGACGUGUGUGUGGGGGUGUGA